AUGAGUAGCUCGCGCUCUCGGGCGGCUGUGGUGGCCGAGGGUAAUGCCAAGACGGCAGCGAGGGAGUGGGUCGGGUGGGAGGAGGAGGUCGUGCUGGGGGACGACGACGGCGAGGAGCGCAAGGUGUGCUACUACCUCCUCUGCGCGGCUCCCCAGGACAGCGGUAAGAGCCAGAGGGAUCUGGCGGUGGUGGGUAAGUACUGGGGACCUGGGAACAUAGCCUACUCGCCGGACGUGCAGUUUCUGCUGUCCCUCGACACAGCGCUGGAGUCUGGGUCGACAUCCGCUAGGGUGGAGGCGCUGGCGUCGGAGAUCACCGAGCUCAGGUGGAAGUCCAGGAGGGAGAUCAUGGACUGGCUCACCUCGCUCGUCUCAGAUCCUCCGUAUGGAGCCUUUGGAUUGACUUGUCCCGACCAUCAUGAUGGUGGUAGCGCUGCAUCUAAGGGUAUCCUCGCUGCUUUUGGGGAAAACAAAGAAGGGUUCACAUGGAUAUGCAAACUACCCCAUCUUGAUCAACGUCGGAAGCAUUACAAAUCCUUUUGGCGAGGGACACUGAGAAUUUCGGUUUAUGAUUUUGUGUUCAUCAAGAGUGAAGGGAGAGAGAGCCAUGUUGCCUAUGUGGAAGACAUGUACGAAGAUGCCAGCGAGAAGAAGAUGGUGGUGGCACGAUGGUUCGAGGAACAAGACGGUGAGCACGGUGCUGUAUUGCCCGCCGAUCUUUAUCGCAGGGAGAUCUUCUUUGGCUAUGUACUGCAAGAUCUGAGGGUUGAAGUUGUGGAGGCAGUGGCCCCGGUCCUGAAUCCAGAGCACUUUGAGAUGUUCAAGAAAAAAUAUGGAGGGCGCAGUAGCUGGCAGCCCUUUGUAUGCCGUCGGCAGAUCGAGAAUGACACCGUCGGGCCCUUUGACAUUGCGCAGCAGCUGCAAGGAUAUGCAAACCAGGAGAUUGUAAAGGCAAUUGUUGCCUCAUCCUCGUCGACGGUGGUGCAGGUCAAGCCACCUAAUAGCAACAAAGGUAAAGCUGCCACUACUCGCCUGGCCGCCGAGAACCAUGCUGGUUCUUCCAGUGCUGCCAUUAUCGGUAACAAAACCAUGGAGAAACAGAAGCAGAAGCCCCCUCCAUGCAGCGCAACUGCUUCCAGCACUACUGUUAUCGGUGACAAAACCAUGGAGAAGCAGAAGCCCCCUGCAUGCCGCGCAACUCCUUCCAGUUCCAGCGCUGUUAUGGGCGACAAAGCCAUGGAGAAGCAGAAGCAAAAGGAGAUGCCCCCUCCAUGCAGCGCAACACAACACAGUGUCACCAAUGGCCAGACCGUCGAAAGCAGUGUCGUUCCCCGCAGCGUGGUGAACUGUCAGACCACCGCGCAGAAUCAGCCGCCCCCGAGUGAUACUGGUAACGCAGCAGCCAGUGAUGCGUCAACCAUGGUGAACCCUGCUGAGAAGAUGCUCCAGCCCGGCAGCCGUCUUGAAGCCCUGAGCCAAGACAGCAGCGUGAGGGGCUGUUGGUUCAAAUGCGUGGUAGUCAAGAGGAACGAGCAAAAUAACACGAUCUGGGUGCGGUACCAAGACCUUCGGAAACCCGAGGGCAAAGGGCAGCUCAAGGAAUGGCUCAAAGUUGCAAGAACUGCGGAGCCUGACCGCCUGGGCAUACGCCUAGCCAAAAGGGCCAUGCUCCGCCCACAGCUCCCAUCACACUACAGGAAGAUCGAGUCUCCGGUGGAUGUCGGGGUCAUCAUCGACGCGCAGCUGAACGGCGGAUGGUGGGAGGGGAUCGUGCUGCAGCAGGAGACUGCUGGCCACGUCAAAGUUUAUCUCCAAGGGGAGGGGAGACUCGUGGAGUUCAAAGUGGACUCUCUGCGGAAGUCGUUUGAGUGGCGUGAGGAGCAGUGGAUGCCUCUGGAUGCAAGAACAGAUGUUGCAGCCAAGAUAACCCUUGACCUGAAGAAGAAGAAGAAGGCGGCCGCGGCCGCGCCAAGCCCAGCAGGACUGCUGCUGCAACCUCAGGAGGACGGAUCUGCAAACUCUGUUCCUCCACGGAAGAGGAUCCUGGAACUGGAUCACUCUUUCGAGGAAGAAAGGCUGCAGGAUGGAAAGGGCAAGGGUCCUGCUGAUGAACCUGCCAAGACAGUUCCAGACAAGGGGGGUGCUGGAGAUGGCAUGUCCCGUGGCGGCGGCUCAGCUGGUGCCAAGCGCUGCCGGGUUGAUCCUGCAAACUCUGACGGCCUCAACUGCGCUGAAUGCAAGGGCAAGGCUGGGAAAUCUUCUGGCGUCAAGAAAAUGGGGUCUUCGGAGGGCAGCGGCAGCCAGGGAGGCGCCAGUGGCUCUGCCUCCAGUGGAGGCGCUGCGCCGGUGAAGCUAGCAGUGCCCAUGCAGGAGAUAUGCGUCACCAACGCAGAGGCUCCUGUCGUCGCCAUGGACGAAUCGGAGGUGAUCGAUCUCACCAUGUAUGACUGAAGCUGGUAGCAGGAUGUGAUGAAGUCUCUCUGGCCUCAACUUUCCAUUCAUGAACCGCUGUUUAAUUUCUCAAACAUUUCGUGCAUUCGCUUAUCGCAUUUGUGCGUGCUUUUCAUUACCAUUCUAGGCACAUAGUUGUUUGUGCUUUCUGAACUUCAAAUAAAAGGAGACAUUCGUCAUAUGUUUUGCUCCUCAUGUUUGGUGUCUGUCUAGUUGUCAGAAAUUCUUGUUUUUUCAACCAAAAAAGAAUCUUGUGUUUUGCUCCU